AUGCCUUGGAUCAAGGCGGACGGGGUGGCUCAAAGCUUGGCCGCCAGUCCGCGUGAACUCUCUGGAGCGUGUUGGCAAGCAUCUCCGGCAUUGCCAAGGAUGAGGAUUUCUGGACCAGCCGAUCAAUAUUGGAGUGGACCCGCUGGACCUAAAUUCGCCCUCGAGUUGGGCAGACUUAGUCCGGCAGCGGCCGUUCCAACAAUGAAGCCGACGGCUCACAGCGCCUCUUCGAUCACCUGGCUCAAAGGCCGCACUCGCUCCAUUUGCGACAUGGCCCAGGAGAAGAAAAAGCUCCUCAGACGCACCAAGGACAAGGCCCGGGCGGCCUCCCAGAAACUUGGCACCGCUGAUAGACUCGCUCUCCGUGAAUCAGGCAUUGGGAUUGACGGCAGUUUCUGA